AUGUCGGGCAAUCCCCUUCUGGUUCCGCACGCCCCGUCGGCCAUCCCAGCCGGGCAGGCUGUGCCGCUGGCGACCUCGCCGGGCGACGACGGGGAGGAGGACGACAAGGAGGACGACGAGUGGGGACCACCCUCGCCAACGUCGCCACCACCGCCGCUGCCAGCACCGCCGCCAUUUUCACCGCCAGCUGCACUCGCCAUCGUCCGCCCCUUCGCCACGCACGACGCGUCAAAGCUGAUCGGCUCGUUCGCUCGAUGGGAGGUGGUGGCUCCGUGCGCUGCGGUCGGCGCUGGGUUUGCGCCCGCCCCGCCGCUGGUGCUCUACUACUCGAAGAGCAUCCGCGAGCUCCGAGGCACGCCGGCCUGGCCGUCCCUCGAGGCGUUCCUCCAGGGCGCCUCGUCCAAGCCGUGGAGGCGCUGCUUCGGCUCCGUGUCUCUGCUCGGCGGAAACCUGACCGAGGCGCAGGACCGCUACACGCGCGACACGGCGGGCUCUGAGGUCGCCUGGAGCUCGGGGCCGAGCGUGCAGUUCUACCGCAUGCUUGCGUACUACUCCGCUCGCCCAGGGACGACCGUCUACUACAUGGAUCCGGACAGCGUGCCGCUGGCGCGCUUCUGGCUCGACCGGCUGAUGCGUGACAUGCACGCGCAGAGGCCCUUCUCCGUCCUCGGCUCCACCUACCGCGGCUCCAACUGGGACUCCUUCUCCGACGAGGAGAUCCCCGUCACGCUGCGGCGCCACCUCAACGGCAACGCCGUGUACAAUGUGUCUCACCCCUUCCUUUUGGAGGCGCUCUCCCAGUACAGCGACGAGCUCUGGACGACCGUCAAACACUCCUCCUUCGACGUGCAGCUGUCCGAGGGGCUCUUCGGCGACAGGAACGUCAGCCUCGAAGAGGCGGAGCGGGUGUACGGCUACAAGACGACGCCGCUGAUCUCGAACCUCGCCGCCACGCUGACCGUCCCGCGUGACAUCCCCGACACCGUCGUUCUCGCCCACGGGGCGGUCUACCUGCAAGAGUGGCCGGUGCCCGGCUGCCCGCCGACAGGGCUCGGAGCCGACCGGGCGGGGUCUUAUCCGCGGAGCAUGCUCGCCGCGGGCGCGGGCACCUCCCUCACCCUCCUCAUCUCCGACUUUGGCGACGGGGACAUCGACCGGCUCCUCGCGAGCCUGCGGGCGGCGGAGGAGCACCUCGCCCGCCCCGCGUGCGCGGGCUCGCCCCUCCCCUUCAGCCGCGUCGCCGUGCUCACCAACGAGGCGGGGUCGGCCGCGAGGGCGGCCAUGUCCUUCUUGCGCCGCGCCACGCGCCACUUCCGCCUUUGCCGCAGCGGACUGCCGGAGGAGGAGGAAGACGUGGAUAGCUCCCUCUGCGACGGCUCCUCCGGUGUCCCCGUGGAGAUUGGGCUGCGCGACACGUCCGUCUCGGCAUGGUGGGACAUCUGCAAGGCGAACAUCAGCACCGACUGGUUCAUGCAGGUGACCUCAGACUUCACGCUCGCGAGAAACUUCAAGCUGCCCGUCGACACCGACGCGGCGGGGGCCCGGCUGCUCCCCAUCAGCCCAUUCCUCGACUUCGACUCCGAGUCCUGUGGGCGCGAGUGCCGCGACGAGGUGUCGCGCGUGCGAGCGGGCAUUCUGCCGGCCGCGAACAGGCACUACCUGCAGGCGCAGACCGUCUACCGCACCGACGUCCGCUCCGAGUUCUGCCGCGCGCUCGAGGCUGCCAACAAGCGCCUGCCUGACCCUGUCGACCCGACGCCGACCGCCUACUUCGCGUACAUGGAGCGCGUCAUCGGCGACGUCGGCAGCGAGCAGCGUCCGCCGCCCCUGCCCGCGUCUCCACGGCCAUCGACCUCGCCGCCACCGCCGUCGCCCUCGCCACCACCGAUGCCGCCGCCGCCGCCGCCGCCGCCGCCGCCGCCGCCGCCGCCGCCGCCGCCGCCGCCGCCGCCUCCGCUGCCGCCGCCGCUGCCGCUGCAGCCGCCGCCGGCCUCGCCACCGCUGGCCUCACCGCCGUACAUGUCGGAGUUGCUGGCAUGCGACACGUGUGCUGCCGAGGACCGGCAGCGCCGGCCGAGCCCGCGCGACCGAUGGUCCGGGAGCUGGGCCCGGAGAGAAGACGACGUGUACAUGAGCUACGACCAGCUCCGCUUCUUCCUCGCCAAGGGGCUCGUCGGCUCCGCCUCUCCGACGCCGUGCGAGGACUCGGGCGAGUUUGACUUCUCCGACUGCCCGUGCCGUUUCCCCUUCUUCCACGACAACGAGGAGCACAUGGAGUGCGUGCUCGGCAGGGCCGGAUUCCUGAUCUGCCCGACUUCGCUCCCGAACGCGCGCGCCCGCGCCCCCACACCCCCACCCGGCCGCGCAGCGUCGCCGCCGCCCUAUGUCAAGCUCGAAACCGACGGCGAGUGCCAGGGGUGGUUUAUCGAAGAGAUGGGCAGCGCAGCCGGGGCGUGCCAGGAGCUGUGCAGCCGCAGCGACAAGUGCGGCGCAACGUCAUUCCACCUUACCCGGUCCGCGUGCUGGCUCCACUUUAAGGAUGUGGAGGACUGCAGGGCGGCCCAAUCCACGUACGCCAGCCCCCAAGGAACGUACGCCUUUGACACGAGUGCGGACUGCACCUCAUCAUUCAACGGCAUAGCGAGGCUUACCGAAGAGGGCCAAAACUCCGCGCUGUGCAUCUUCCGCGGCCUCGUCCUCGAAGCUCAGGUGCCGGGCACGGCGGUGAUUGAUGCACGCGGCGCGUCUGCAGGAUCCCGUGGGCGCCGCGCCAUCUUUGUCGACUUUGGGCGUACCAAUACGCUUGGUCAUAGCCCCUACACCUCCAGCACGCACGACACAGUCGAGCUCAUCGGGCUGAAGAUCACAGGGGGCUAUUUGCCGCAGAGUAAUGCGACCGAGGUGGACCUCGGUCUGGCAAAUGGGGCGGGCAUCAAGAUCCACCACAUCCAGGGCGACGUGAUCCUGCGACGCUGUGAGAUCUACGGGAACGUGGCCAACGACACCGACUCCAUGGGCGGAGGGAUCAUGAUCGCGCCGUCCUGGAACGUCCACUCCAACGCCUUCUGCAACCGGGUCCAAAGGACGGCAUUCCUCUCCUACCGUGCACUCAGCCGCAUCGCCGUCAAGGCGCUCAGCCGCAUCUUUGGCCCUGAGGUGGCGACCCGGCUAAGCCAACUUGAGGCGCGCGUCGGGUUUCAACCCAAGUUGAAGAUUGUGGUCAGCUUUUACCAGGUCGCUGCGACGCUCGGCCCCGUGUACGGCGCUCGACUGCACGAGGACUUUACCAGUUGGAUGAGUGUCUUCGAAUUCUUCAGUUUCGACCUCCUCGGCUUGACCUACCCGGACGCUUGCAUCGGCUCGAUGAGCCACCGGCUGCUGCUCGCCGCUCUGUGGCCAUUUGCCGUCGUUUUGCUCGGAAGCGCCGCUUUUGCCGCCCAUGCGCUAGCAGUGUGGCUUUUGCUCUGGAAAUCCAGUUCUGGCAGAGCACGUAUGUGCGAGUCGUUUGGCAUCAGCGUCUUUGACGCGACCGCGCGACGCAGCUACCUCGUGGCCGACCUCGAGGUGCUCUGCCGCGCCGACGACGAGAUGUACCGCGGGCUGGACGCCUACUUUUGGGCCUUCUUCGUGCUCUGGCCGGUGCUGGUCCCGCUUGUGCUCCUCGGCUUGCUGCUCUGGAUCCGCCGCAACGUGCGGGCCCAGCGUGUGACAAGGCUCUCUCGCGCCUGCCGCUUCCUCUGGCGCGACUACGACGCUAGCUGCCACUACUGGGAGCUUGCCGACUUGUACCGCAAGCUCUUCCUCGCAUCGCUGGUGCUCUUCAUCCAGACAGACGACGGAUCGUCCAAGCUGCUUCGCCUCGUCGUCGCCUCUGUCACCUCAGCCCUCUUCCUCACCGCCCUCGCCCUCGUCAAGCCUUUCAAGCGCUUCGACGACUUCUACCUCGCGUGCACCGCCAACCUGCUGCUGACCUGCUGCUUCGUCCUCGGCACCGUGGUUCAGAUCUGCGAGAGCGCCGCUUACGAGGACAUGUGCGACACGCUCGUGGGCUUCCAGAGCGCGUUCGGCGCGAGCGAGUUUGUCAUCGUGCUCAGCGUAACGAUGAUCGCCGUGUCGCUUGUCCUCGUCGUCUUCAAGGCCAUCAGCGCCCUCCGCGCGCCCACCAUCCGGCUUCUCUCGAACAGACGCGCCCCGGUGAUGGACCUGUCGAAGAAGUGCCACUUCCACGGCUUCAUCAGCCACAUCUGGUCCACGGGGCAAGACCAGACGCACACCAUCGUUCGGCAGAUGAAGCUGGUGAUGCCCGACGUGAGGAUCUGGCUGGAUGUGGAUUGCCUGGAGAACCUCGGAGCCCUCGAGGAGUCGGUCGGCGACGCCACCACCUUCCUCGUCUUUCUGUCGGUGGGCUACUUCAAAAGCCGCAACUGCCGCCGCGAGCUCUACGCGGGCCUCGCCUUGGACCGGCCCUUCAUCCCGAUUCACGAGGCCGAUGUCGAGAAGGGCGGCGCAGCGCUCGAGGUGCUCGAGGCCGAGUGCCGCGCGAACUGCGUCGACGACGCCGGAUUGGGCACCUACCCCUCCUACUCAGGGCCGGCCGAGAUGGUGGCCCGUAUCUUUGAAAAAGAGGACCCGAUCCUGUGGGUGCGGGUGAACGCCUUCCAGCUCGAGUCGCUCAAGUCCAUCGCGCUGCGCAUGCUGAGACACUCCCCGUACUACAUGAGGCACCCCGAAACCCUCGCCGCGGGCGUGAUAGUGGCGGGGGAGGUUCCUCCGUACGCCUUUGUCGGCCCCGUCACCAUCCUCGUGUGCCGCGACAACGACGGCGCCUGGUCUGUGGCGGAGGAGGUCCAGGAGGCGGCCAAGAAGGGGCGCGCGCUGGCGCCCGAGGCGGCCAAGGACGGCGUCGUGGCCAUCCGCGAGGCGGACGACGCGCUCGAGAAUCGCGUCGACGAUUCUCAUCACGUGCUCCUGCUCUACAUGACGAGCCGCCUGUGGUACGACCCAGACGGCACCGUCGCGCGGCUGGUGCAGGCGGCAAUGGACCGGAACAUCACGAUCGCGAUGGUGCACGAGCAGACGCCCAACCUCGGAGGCUGCCCCUUCUCCACUUUCUUUCAAGGGCAGACGCCGCAAGUGCUGCUGCAGCCUCCCUACAGCCUCUACAACGCGCUCGCCAUACCCCUCUACGGCUCGCCCGAGCACCGGAAGGCCGUGCAGCAGAUCCCGUACCCCGGAAAAAGUUCGAACCUUGCUGCGAUGCACUUUGUCCUCUCCGCUGUCUCCGCGGCCUUCCUGCGGCCCUUAGCCCCCUCGCCGUCCAGCGCUUAUUCAGUGGGAGAUAGCAGUGCGCACCUGCGUGCAGUCAUGCGCGGCGGCGGCGGUGGCGGCGUCAGCGUCGGCGGAGCAGUCGGCUCUCCUGUUGCCGCUCAAGUGGAUGUCUGGAACUGGCGCGAUGGAACUGGCAAAGGGACCUCGUUUGAGAGGCUGGUGGCAGAGGCCAAGCGUGCGCACGAGAGUCGGCAACAGGUCGAGGUGCACGUCGGGGCCGACUCGGCAGUCGACAGGGACCGGGUCACCUUCGCCGUCGUGGUCUGCGUCGUCUCCGUCGGCCACGCCGGACGUUACUUUUACGCGCGGCGCGAGGAGUCGCUGCAGACAGUUCCGGUGCUGCAGACCCGGCUACUGCGCGAGGUGGAGCCUCACAAAGGAGCUGCUGCAGGACGUGUCUUUUCGCGCAUGUCUCGCGCAUGCUGA